GACUUGAUCAAUUGUUCUUUCAAGUGUAUGUGAUUCUUUUUAGGCCUAUAUGGCUAUAUCCCAUGUAUUCUAGAAAGGAACAGCUAGGGACUCGGAUGGUGGAUAAUGGGAAGGAAAAGGAGUUAGUUAGGCUCCAGCGAGGGAAGGGAUAGGCUGAAUGCUGAGUUGGAAGAAAAAGAAAGUAGGAAUCCUAACAGAAUCGGUGUGGAGUAAUAAAAUGGGAUCAGGGUGUGAACCAAGGAAAGUACGUGAAGUGUGGUACUAUGUGGUUUUAGUGGGGUUGGCCGUCACUAAGGCUAGUACUUUAUAGGGAAUGUAAUAUAUUCCUUUUUCGGUGACAUUUCUUCUUUUGGUUGCUGAUUUUUCCCCAUUCCAAUGUUUCCAGAAUUCCAAGAAUGGCAGACAUCGCUGCGCCAUGGCGGAACGGCGUGGCUUAAUUCGCCUAGACCGACAUACAAGCGUCAUGGCAUGGAGGGCUUUGUAUGGUGGCCCCAAUUCUCAUUGAGGUCAUGGAGGCCGUUGCCUCCAAGUUAGAAAAGGCAUAAAUUUGAGAGAGAAAAAAUGACCAGUCAUGGCUAACCACCCAUUUUGAUGGUUUAAACCCAUCUGAAAGAGACUGAAACCCUAGAACACUCUCAAAAAUACGACCCUGCCAUUGUUUCUCCCUUGGUCUAGGUGGAGUGACAUCCUGUUUCAGUGACCCAGCUCUGGCCAUAACUCCGGAGCAAGCAGAAUCUAAGAGAAAAGCUCCCGCUCCCAACAGUUAUCAUGAUGGAGAAAGACCAAAACAGAGACUGCACUUGGAAGAUAAAGAUGACAAAGUUUUAUCAACUAACAGCACAAGAAAAGUGUUAUCUGUAGAAGACAGCGAAAUACCACGGAGGACUUCUAAACAGGAAACCAGUAAUCCAUCUCGAACUUCCAUGGGAGAUAUGAACCCCCAUGUCGGUUCACUAGCAUUGCAGUCAAGGUUGAGUGAGGUUGAAAGGAACACAAAUUUACCUUGCUCGGCUGCUAGAGGAAAAUUGUACCUUGAGGAAUCAUCGUCCGCAGCGCAAUGUGAAGGUCCAGUUAAUGAAGCUAAUCCUCAUAAUCAGAGGAAAAAUAUGUCAAGUGAUAAUUAUCAGAAGAAGCCCGUGGGAUUAAGAACUGAGAAUCCUAAGUAUCGACAUGGACCUGUUUCAACAAGUUACAGUGGCCCAUCCAAUGCCUCAAAUGGAAAUCCCCGUGUCAAAUCUCUAUCCGCUGAGCAUCAGAAUCUGCACAAGAAAGAAGAUAUUCCCCCAUGCUAUAAUAACACCCGUAAUGGUCAUAUUAUUGCUUCUUCAUCUCAAGGAGAAGUUAAAAUGUCUUUAAAUUGUGAUGCUGCCUUGGCACUUCCAAACUUCCAAAUUCCUAAAUUGGAUGAUGUCAUGAAGUCUGUGGAGGAGAAAUAUCUAAGGUCUUGCGUAGCUGUUCAGCCCCAACUAUCGAUGGCCAAGUUAUUAAAUGAAUUAUGUGGAAGAUUUUUGAAGCUGGGCUUGAAUUUAAACCGAAAGGGGACAAAACCAGAACAUGCCAAUUCACAAAAUGUGGUAUGUUUGCCACAGCAAGCUGUUGCUGAGGAAAAAACCUCCCACUUCAUAAAUGACAUAACAAAAGGUUCAGAAAACGUUAAAAUAUCAUUAUUAGAUGAAACUGGAAGUGAGGAAUUGCCAAAUUUUAAUUACAUACCUAAUAAUGUAAUAUAUCAAAGUGCUAAUGUAAAUAUUUCACUUGCACGGAUUGCGGAUGAGGGUUGCUGUUCUGAUUGUAAAGGCAACUGUCUUUCCUUAUCAUUUCCUUGUGCGUGUUCUCAAGAAACUGGUGGAGAGUUUGCUUACACUCGACAAGGUUUGUUGAAAGAAGAAUUUUUAGCAGUUUGCAUGUCUAUGAAAAUGGAACCUCAAGAUCAUCAUUUUUUAUUCUGUAAAGAAUGUCCACUGGAGAGGUCUAAGGAUGAGAACAUGCCUGGAAAAUGCAACGGACAUCUGGUUAGGAAGUUUAUAAAGGAAUGCUGGAGGAAAUGUGGAUGUAACAUGCAGUGUGGAAAUCGUGUAGUGCAACGAGGAUUAAGAUGUAAACUGCAGGUGUUUGUGACUGAACAAGGAAAGGGCUGGGGUGUUAGAGCCCUUGAAGAUUUGCCUAAGGGAUGCUUUGUUUGUGAAUACGCAGGGGAGAUAUUAACUAAUACAGAAUUAUAUGAAAGGGUUCUCCUGAAUAGCGGUAAUGACAGACAUACAUAUCCUGUAACCCUUGAUGCAGACUGGGGCUCAGAAGGGGUGUUAGUGGAUGAGGAAGCACUAUGCUUGGAUGCUACAUAUAAUGGAAAUGUUGCAAGGUUUAUCAAUCAUAGAUGCUAUGAUGCAAAUCUAAUAGACAUUCCUGUUGAAGUGGAGACACCUGAUCGCCACUAUUAUCAUCUUGCCCUCUUUACAAAUAAAAGUGUAAAGGCGAACGAGGAGUUGACAUGGGAUUAUGGUAUUGACUUUGAUGAUCAUGACCAUCCAAUUAAAGCAUUUCAAUGUUGUUGUGGAAGUACCUUCUGCCGUGAUAAGAAACAAAAAGGAACUGGAUCAUUGAAGACUAAAAAACUCAAGGAUACAUAUGCAUCCUAAUACAUUGUUUGAGGUUGUUGUUAAAUUUUCCCCGGCAGCACUUGUUUGCAGAGUUUGCAAGAAAUAUUUUCAAGCAUUAUGGUUGCUGUUACAAUAUAUGACAUUCAUAGACGAUUUUUUGACAGAUUUAUGAUAGAUAUUCUUGUAAAUUCCAAUUUUUUGGACCGAACAUUUUUUUGAAGUACUGAGCUGGGAAAAUGCUUUUAGGAGAUUGUAUUAUUGUUUGAGGUUAAUUACAAGUUAAAUUCAUAUAUUUGUAAAGCAUAAAUCCUUAUUUCUCUUGGGCAAAGAACUUUUCUCUUUAGUUAGAA